ACAGUAACCAGGAAGUAAAGCCAAACGACAUAAACACACGACGAAUGGUUGCGACCUGGCUAUGUUUGUAUCAGAAAUUUAAUCAGUUUAUUGAUUAUUUUAAAGCUGAGUUAUCAAAGUAUUUGCAUCGUGCUUUAGGUAAACUAAUCCUAACCUCUUGGUAAUUGUCGUGAACUUAUCAAUUCAAUGUCUGGAACUGUCGUUACCUUACGCUGCUUUGUUGUCAUGGAAACUUCGAUCUUACUCCAAUGAAGCGUCGGAGGGUUGCUAUAAAAAGACACGUCUCGUGCUCCCUCAAAUGUGGGACAGUCUCAACUCUUGAUUCGGACAAUUAGGCCUGAAUGUUUCACCGAAUCAGAAAAAUGAUUAGGUACGCGUUUCGACCAGCUGCACGUGCCCUCCUCUCUCGCGACCUGUGCUUCCUCUCUGACGGUACCGGCGGAAAAUUAAUCGAGUUUGACCCAUCCUCAGGCUCUGCAGAUCUGAGCAGGCAGGCGUCCCUCUACGUCCACGUGAGCCUGCUUUAUUCAGUUUGAUCGUUUGGGUAUUUCAAUGCAGGGAUGAACACAUCUGCAAAAUCACAUCCAUGCACUCAAUAAGAUUUGAAUCUUAAUCCAAUCUCUCUUUCCCCCCGAGAAAAUGCAGAUCUAAAAACAGUUUGCCCAAAUUAUAUCAGGCUCACCUCUGUCUUCUUUUCACAGUGGCCUUACUGUCUCAGAAGGUGUACCUACUGCAACUUCAACAAGUACAUACCCAGAGAAAACAGAGAUGAUUUGAUGACUGAGUGUCUUCAGAGAGAGACAGAAACACUGCUGCAGCUCAGUCAGGUGUCCAGGUAAGUAUGAGGGGUUUACUGGCAGUUGUACAUGAAAUUAUCCUGUACUGCCCUUUAUUCACACAUGGGGAGAGUGGGGUAAGUUUAGCCACCUCCUGUUGCUUGGAAAUGGUAAAAGAAAUUGAUCAUGUGACCAAAUAUUAAGGAGAUGGGCAUCAAUUCAUGGGUUAGAUAUUUAUAAAAAAAACACUUUUCACUCUUAAAAGUGAAUUUAGGGACAAAACUAUUCCCUUGAUGUAGUGAUUCAAAAUAUGAAAAAUGGCUCAUCUUAACCCAUCUCUCCCCUAUUUGUUUUUUCUGUGCAGCAUCACUUCUGUUUUUUUCGGUGGUGGGACUCCAAGCCUGGCUCAACCCUCUACCAUCGCUGCGGUCCUGAACACUGUUUCCAGACAAGUGAAACUCUCAGAAAAAGCUGAAGUGACUCUUGAAGUCAACCCUACUCCUGUUGGGAUGUCAAAGUUGGAAGACUUUUACCAUGCAGGGGUGAACCGUUUCUCCAUCGGGGUUCAGGUAAAUGUACAGUCUGUUGAAGACUGAGUACAGAUGUCACAUAUCCUGAGUCUGACAUUUUAAUCCUUCAGUCUUUGCAGGAUGAGGAUCUGAAACUUCUAGGGAGAGACCACAGUGCGCAUCAGGCUCUGCAAACCAUCGAAGAGGCCAGGAGGCUGUGCCCCGGGAGGGUUUCUGUGGAUGUCAUGUUUGGACGGCCAAAGCAGACAGUUGAAUCCUGGGAGAGUGAGUUGUCAGAGCUACUGAAGGUGUGCGACGACCAUGUGUCUCUGUACCAGCUGACCUUGGAGAGAGGCACCCAGCUGUUCAAACAGGUGCAACGAGGGGAGGUGACCGUGCCGGCUGAUGACGUGACAGCAGAGAUGUACCAGUGCGCCAGGAGGACCCUCCAACAGCACGGCUUCCAGCAAUAUGAGGUGUCUAACUUUGCAAGACAUGUAAGUGACACAUCAGACACUAGGAGGUUUAUGUUUCAAAUGAAAAGUUCCUCACAGGAGUUUCAAACAGUAAAAACGUCAAUUGUUAGGAGUGUUACUAAAAUUGCAAGUGGGUUUCAUGAAGACUAUGAAUACAAAAUGACGUCUUUAAGAGUCACUGAGGUGUUGAAAUCUUUUAAUCUGGGCCAAAAAAAGAAAAUUACCACAAUGGAAGCUUUUUUAAGUAACAGAGGGAGAGGUAAAUGGGACACAUUUGCUCUUCAGACAGAAGAUAUUUCCUGCUUUUUAUGAGUCUGAGUAAUACCCCUGACUAACAUUAAGUGUUCCUGUUUUGUUUUUUUCGGAUGAUUUGUCUCCAAUAACAAAGCAAAAAAAAAAACAAGGUAGACUUCUGCUCUAAAUUGCACCAUAUGGCCUAAUGAACACUUCAAAGUGGAGCAGCCUCAUCAGAACAAUAACACUUGUUUUUUCUCUUACAAAGAGCGCGGUGAGUCAUCACAAUAUGAGCUACUGGAAGGGGAGACAGUACAUCGGGGUCGGCCCAGGUGAUGCAUUAUUCAGAGAUUUAGAGUAAGAGCAGCUUUUAAUGAAAAGUUAACUCAUGAAAAAGUUUGUUUCAACGCUUUGAUGUGUGCGGCAGGGGCUCAUGGGCGAUUCGCUCUUCUUGAGGAGGGAGGUGUGACUCGAGAGGCCCGGACCCAGACUCUGGAGCCUGACGUGUGGAUGUGUGAAGUUCAGCAGAGGGGGCAUGGGACACGGCGGCGGAUUAAACUCAGCCAUCUCGAACUGUGAGCUUUUGCACUUCGGCAGUAGUGAUUGUCUUUCUAAUGAGCACAUGUGAAAUAUAGCGAUUAUGCAUCAGCCAAUCAGCAGAGUGUAAUGUAACAGUGUGAGAAACAUAGUGUUGGUGGUCGCUGUACAUGUGCUUGUCCUGCCGAACAGUCUGUCCUUGUGAACGGCUAUUAUCAUUCCUGUCCUUGUUAGGAUCAAAGUGUCAUUACGCCAAAGCUCUGAAAUGACUGAUUAUGAUAAAAAGACGUUUUUUUCUUGCAGUUUGGAGGAGGUGUUGGUGAUGGGAAUGAGAAUGACGGAGGGAAUUCAUCACAAGGUGAAACUCACACAAUAAAAUACUUAUAAUUAAAUAAAAUCUCAUGUUUAACUCAGUGUAGUUUUACUGGUACACUGAUUUAGUUUAAUGUGAUGGAUUUUUUGGUUGUUUUCAUCCCUUUUAUAGCACUGGGAGUUGUUUUGCCCUGAACUGGGACUGUAUGAAAUCUUUGGUACAUCCAUCGAAGUCCAGGAGUUUCUACAAAGUGGAAAACUCAUUCUUGAUACAAGGUGAAUAAUACUUCUCUAAAGAACCUGAAUUAAAAGUUGUUAAUUUGUGGGAGGUUGAAUGGGGCUCAUUGAACUUCGAGCUAAUUUACUCAACCAAACAUUUUCAUAAGUAAAAAAACUGAUAUUUACAAUCCUAAUCCAGGGAAAUGCUCAAAGAUUUACCUGAAAAAACAUUAAAAGUGGAUUAAUUAUCAAAAUAAAAGUGAUAACAAGCACUUACCUGCUUGUUUUUUGCCUCUCUAUUCAUAUCAGAGGUCUACGCUGCUCCUGGGAAGGACUGGCCUUACUGGACAGCAUGCUGCCAGCUCUACUGGUGGAGCUGGAGAGACAAAUUAGUCCAAGACUACAAAAGGACUACGCGGCCGAUGGAAAAACAGAGAAGACCUCCAUUAUGUGAUGACAGUAAUGCUAAGAGCGAGACCACUUCAUGGAAAGCUUUGCAGGUUAGGCUGAAGGAACAUUUGAAAACAGACGUAUCUAGUGUCCUUAUGUCUAUCUCACAUGCCUCAUACUGUAAGGAGUUUUUAGCAGGUUAUGAAAGAUUCUAAAAAUAACGGUGAUGCCUCUUUAUAACCACAAAAGCAAACAAAACCAUCAGUAUCAAGACUAACUACCUCUAUAUAGUAAUUUUUAAUAUCCAAAUCACUUAUAUCAUUGUCACAGCAGAUAUAAACAGUGAGUGACAUCUUUGACUGACAGCAGAAGGAGGAGGAUUCAUGAAUUUACAGGAUAAGAUCAGUACAGAGAGAAGAGGUAUCACUUUGUCUUCAGGCGGCUCUAAAAUCCUGAAAAUCCCCCACUGAAGCUUUAAGAAGAUAUUUUUACUACGCAGUGUUACAUCACAAACCGAUCAAUAAGUGCCUACCUACCCUGACUACUAAGUAGGCAGCUUUGUCUUUUACAUCUUCACCAUCUUCGCCUAUCUAACCCAAAUUCCCACUACAGGGAAAGUUUUGAGUGUUUUUCCCCGUGUGUGUCAGUGUGGACGACAAACAUGAUUUCUUGCUGUUCUUGUUGAAACACGUGCUGAGAAAAUGAAUGGCGCUUCAUAUCACUCCAUAUUUUUAGAGGCAGUCAUCACGCUGACUAACAGGUGUCCUUUAACGUGUGAUCCGCGCAGGCAGAGCGUUUAUUACGGCGCCACACGUGAAUAUCCCCUCAUACAAAGGCUGCGUGUGCGUGGUCUUUUCACACCAUUAACCACUGAAGGGAGAUAGAGUGCUGUCUGAAUGAAAGUUAAUUUCCUGGCCAGCUAUUGUGAUCAUCUGUACGUCCUUGAGAUAAAUUGAACUUUAUUUUGUAUUUGUUAUGAGGUGUUUUGAAACCUUCUUGCAUGAAUUGAUUCUAUUUAUUCAGCAUAUUUGGGAGUAUAUUGUCAUGGUUUCCUUGAAUUCGUCUAUAGAGGAAGAAAAACAGAGACAUACUGAACAGCCUUAAGGUCAUUAAAAAACCUUGUAUACAAUAAAGAAUAACAGGAGAGAGUAUUUAUUAGUAAUAAUGGAAAUGCAAGUUAUUUUUAUACAAUUUUAAAGAAUAUUUAAGACCUGUAAAUCCUUGAAAUGUCAAGUGUUUUUCCUCCAAAAGUUUAAAUAAAAUGUAAUAAAUAAUGAUAAAACGGUAUGUUUUCCCUGUUUCCGUUAAAGUAUGAUUUUUUCCUCAUAUAUGGAACAUUUAGACUCAUUAUCUUUACAUUUUAAAGGUAUUUUUGCCUUUUAUUGGAUAUUUUAUUUGUUAAAGCACGGUCAGGUGGGUCUCAGGCUGGGUAGAUGUUGAAGAAAGUGUUUCAAAUAAUUGCCAUUUUUUACUAUCUUUGAUGUAGAAAGUAAAAUAUAUGAGCAGUUAUCAUUUAAUUCCGAUUCUGGCCACUUUUUUCCUUCUUUGUGUGUAUUUUUGGUAGGGAUGGGAAUGGAGAACUGGUUCUUGUUGAGAAUUGGUUCCAAAUAGUUCAAUCCAUUGACAUCAUUUACAUUUUAUCGUAACGAUUCCCUUAACGAUUCCUUUCUUCCGGGUGCCUUGAAAAACAGUGUUGUGAGAGCCAGUCUACAUGAACGAGAACAGAGACUUUGAGGGAAAAAACAUGGCUAAUGGUAUGAAAAGUAGGCAGAAACGAUCCGAAGUGUGGCUUUAUUUUGCUAAGAUAGACGACAACGGGUUUUGUAUGGAAGUUUUGAGUUUGUGUACCGUGGACUAACUGAGGUAAAAGCGCAUAGAAAACACUCAAAAAUUGUGUGACUCCGCCCUGCGCAGUAUUGUCCUCUUUUAGGGGAUAAAGAAUAUGGUCACCAUAAUUUGACUUCUUACCGACCGAAGUAAAUGCUGUACAAGUUGUUUGUUGUUUGAUUAUUUUUAGACUCUCGCUGAAGGUGGCGUACAUCUUUUUCUGUUAUCAGAGACCUAAUCAAAUUUUGAGUGAACGUUGAAAACCUAUAGUCCACUUUCUUUUUUAAUUAAAGAAAGGCAUUGAUAAGGGAAUCGUUAAAGAAUUGAAUCGAGAAAGGCAUCGAUAUAAUCUUAUCAAUUCCCGGGGGGCUACUUUUAAGUCAGUCCUGUACUUCUGUGUUCAAAACGGGAUUUUGCUUUUCUUGACGCUUGUUUGAUUCUCGCACUCCCUCCACAUUUCCUUCAGCGAUCACGGUGUGUCGUUGGAGAAAACUCACUGCAGCUGAGUUCAUCACUUAUUUUUGUCUUUGUCUAUCUGUUCUUGAAUUUAAGUGGCAUUUUCACAGAAGUAGUUGAAGACCUUGUGAAACUCUGCCUGGCUUUUAUAGCAGUAUUUUUCCUCUUACUCUGAAUAACUGACUUUCUCUUCAUCAGACAUUUCUUUUCACAAACCCAAGGCCACUGUGAAUACCCAGCUCACCGAACAGCUCCUCCAGGUCAACCUUAAGAGUGAGUGGGCUGACACGCAGGGAUGAAGGAAAGAAAGUGUUUCUUUUGAUGAGAGGAUAUAAAUGGAGCUCGAGUUGAAGUCAGAGCCGAGUGUGGGCUCUCUCCAUGGUGCUGAUUUCACAGAGUUCAGUGUGCCUCUCACCUCCCCCUCAUUAAAAAGCGAUGCUCUUACUCUUUGUUUCCUGCAGACACCAUGGUGAUACACGAGUGUGUGUAGAGUAGUGGCUCUGAUUAAUCACACUGUUUCACACACUCGAGAGGGGGGGUCGUGUGAGGAUUGGAAAUGUGAACAAUCUCUCCUGUCUGACAACCAGGAGACGUUUAAGGUCGGUGUUUGAGUCAUCUCCUCCCACGCACACUUACGGUCAUGUUUGCAUCAUAAAUGGAGAACUAUUGAUUUCUUACGUCCUGGAGAGUCUAAAAAUAUCUGCCUCUGUCUCCCUGAAUGUGAACUGUUUAGAUAAAUUGACCGAAACAAUAAACCAUCAGACAAACACACAUAUAUAAGUUUAAAAAUAACAUUUUUAUUACAGAAUAGUUUACACUUCAUAAAAUAUGAAUGCACUGGUCCAGCCGAGUGCUACAGAGUAUAACUCCUUACAUAAUACGACAUUGCAGCAUACUACUACAAUUGGGUUUUCGAGAAGGUUCACGAUUCAUUGAAUCUGACACCUCUCGGGUUUGGGUUUGGUGCUGGUUCUCAGCACGAGCCGUAGGUCGCUGGUGAAGCUCGGGCGGCGCGCCAGCGGGUCCGUGGCGGCGCAGGGCGCACUGAGUCCCCGCCUGCGGUCCCCUCUCCUGCCCCUCUGUUCCAGGUAGAGAGACUGGUAUGUGAGGAGAGGUAUCACCUGGUGCCGUGAUGGACUGGUCUCGUCAGGCAGCCCGCCUAAAGUGGCCAGAGCCCUGAACAUCGCGUCCAGUCCGGCUCCGUCUUUGGCUGAGGUCUCGAAGAAAGAGACGUCCUCACCGAGGGUUUCUGUCACCUCGGACCGUCUGACGGCCCCAGGUGCUUCUAAGUCCGAUUUGUUCCCGCAGAUGACAGCUGGGACUCUGGCGGGAUGUUUCAGUUUCAGCAGUUUUGCCUUCGCAGCUUUGAUCUCGUCGAGCAGCUCACAGACUUCACUGAAGGACUCUCUGUCAUCCAAACUGAACACGAGUAGAAAGAUGUCACCUGAGGAGAAAAAGAGCAUCAAAUCAGUCAAAUCCACAGUUUGAGUGAGGCGAUUUCAUAUCAGACCGUACUGUCCUAAAAACAUAGUGCCCAUUAACUUCAAGAAAUGAAGUUCUCACCUGUCAGUAUGGAUAGCCUCCGUUUCGCAGGGAAGUUCCUCUCACCGGCUGCGUCCAGCAGAUCCACCUGGUAAGCCUCCCCGCCUAUGUGGAACAGUUUUCUGUGAAAGUCCUCGGUUGUGGGCUCAUAGUCCUCCACAAAUUCCUUUCCUAAGAACCGCUGAAGGAUGUUGGUUUUCCCCACUUUGGGCGCACCAAGCACUACCACUCUGUGACAGUUUCUCGGUUUGGUCAGACCCAGCUCCAGCAGAUCCACGGAUCUUUUGGAGACUCGAUCAGUUGAAACCUGUCGAUUGCCAGAACUGGAGGAUCUACUUGUAACCACUCUGUGAUCCUGUUGCCUCCAGUGGCCUUUGACUGUUUUGAUGAUGCCCAUGCCUGUCUUCGAUAUGUUUGAGACUUUGGGGUGCUGGGUCGCCGGGGUGAGUGCUGCGCUCUGGAGGACUGGAUGCGUAAUGCGUGAUUGGUGGUGAAGCCCGGUGAAAGAGUUGAACAUGUCGAGAAUGCCAUCAACGGGAAGGUAAAACUUCUCUGUUGUGUUCAUCUCCCUGUUCUUUUCAAGCGUCUCCGGGCACCGAGGUAUCUUGCCUACCAACCCAGUUGCUGCUCCAUGUGUGCGCCGAGACUGAGCCGAGCUUCGUCCUUUAUACUCUCUGACUGAGCGCAGUCUCUGCGUCACCAUCUCAUGGCGAGAGCACACUCCUUUUAUAGAAGCAUAAAGCAUCCUCGGGACAAAAAAAGCUCACAAAAUCUCCACUGUGGACUCUUGUUAUUUUCCUCUGAAGAAAUGAGAGUCUGGAAAUGUACAAAAGGAGUUUUCAUUGCUGCACUUAGAUGAAGACGACCUAACACUCAUGAUUUGAACUUUACUCUUAAUAAACUGUGUUGAUUAAGAAUGAUCUUUUGUGUUAAAGCCUGACUAGAUGAUGGAUAUUUAUAGCACCUCAUUAGCAGGUGUUUCCUGUCUCCUGCAUGGUGAUAAAUAGAUGAAUGGAUUGAUGAAGUGUCAACAUAAUUGCUGAAAUCCCUGUAGUCAUGGACACUAGAGGUUUGGAGUGUGAGCUUUCAUUCAUUGUGUUGUUCCUCUCCGUCUUUUCAUGGUGACAGUUUUCUUCUCAAUUGUCGCUGCCAGCUGAUUUGUAUGUAUCGAAUAAGGGGCAAACAGUAUUUGUUCUAACGGGAAACACCUGUAAAGAUAUCUGCAUGUUCUGACAUAACCAUGCAUUUGGGAUUUUGUUGUAUUCGCACAACCUCCACUGUUUUCUGCUCUCAUCACGAUGUGCUGUAAAUGUUGGGGGAACAGCUCACCCUCAGGCUGCAGGAGUCAUAAAGCUGGAUGAUGAUGAUGAUGAUGAGUCCUCUGCAGCAUUGUCAGCGUUAGCUACAGAGAUCAGGAUUGGGUUUUAAUUCCAACGGUGUAAAGAAAUCUCCUUAAGGAUAUGGAUCAAUGCUUUAUAUAAGAGUGGAGGUUUAGACCAGGACCACGUUAAAAGUCGAGGACUUGGAGUCUGCUCAAUCAAAACAUCUCUGAAUUCAAAGCCCACAUGCGGAAACCUCGAGAUGAGGUUUCAUUGUGCAGUCAUAGAUAAAAGGAAGGCUGAUUAUAAUAGAGAGUGCAAUCUCAUCUCAACAAGUUUAUUGGAAAAAGAAAAGCUUGUUUUGCCAGAAACCUACAAUGAGGAGUUUUUGUCCAGGAAUUGAAAAGAAAUAAACGGAUGGAAGUCAAAUUUAAAACUGAUAACUUAAUUUAUUCAGGGGUAGAUUGCAAUUCAUUAACAGGGGAAUAAAUUGCCCAGAUGCUCAUAUGGUUUCCGGUUUAUGAUAGUGUUGACAGCUUACAACAGUGCUAAGGUUUGCAAGGGCCCACUACUGGAUGCCCACCUACUGUUACUACAUGCCCACCCUCAUGUGGUGGGCUAGAAGUGAGUCUGCAGUGCAGCAUUUGCAACACAAAGUAGGACAGAGAAAAACAUGUCAGGGAUUGAAAAGUAAUCAGUUCAAUAACUCAACUAAAGAUAAUUAGUAGAGUGCAAUAAAUAAUUAAAGAGUGAAUACAGACUCUUCAACCUAUCUGAUACACAACGCCAAAGAAACACAAGGCUGGUAGUGAGGCUGCAGAUCUGACUAGCAGUAAAAAGAACUUUGUAAAUAGGUGUGAGUGAGAUGCAAAUUGUGUUGCCAAGUUUUCUAAUAAAUUAACACGUCUGUGAAGGAAACGAUCCAUUACUUUUGUUCCGACUGUCAGAGGCCUCUUAUGUAAGACGUGUUGUGAUACAACAGGCCUCAUAUCAUGCAGGGCAGUGAUUUGUUGCUCUCUGUUAGCCUCGGAAAGCAGGAGAUUUUUACAUUUUGGUUACAUAUGAAUUGUUUUGAGUAAUAAACCCUUGUUAUAAGAACACACAGGGAUCUAUUAAGAUGUUAGAUCAUCCAAAGGGAAGGUAGAGCCCUUCUAGGGGGCAUCAUAUUCUGUUCUCUAUCCUCCUGACUUAAGCUACCGAGUGUCUUCCAAGAGGCACUUUAGUGGGGGGUCAAACGUACCCUCCUCUGAUCCCAAAUGGACUGAAGGUUUCUCCUGCACAGCACAGCUUCUCUAAAAAUCCACAUACUUCUAUUAUGGGUGAUCUAGGUAGUCGUAUAAAUGAGAUUUUGGGAACAAAGGGGAUUUACCUGAAUAUAUUCGAUCAUCUAAACAAAGCAUACCAUACUGCGUCAUGCUUCAUUACCAUCUUAACCACCCUCACCCUUUGCAAAUUGUCAUCCUGGACUAAUGGCUGACGCCCACCGUCAUACAUCCAUUUACUCCCCACUUGCAUGACCGAAAAUAGAGACCACUUCUCCUCUUAAUUGGACACCGCUGGGAUUUUAUUUAUGGAAAUUAUAGGAACACCUCGUCAGUUCAGACUGUCCCUUAUUGUUACAUCAUAUGAGAUGAUUCACAGCAGCGAUCAGAUUAUAGAGGGGCCACCAUCGCAUCUGCCUAAUACUAAAAUAUUUUAAACAUAAGAUUGAACACGAGCGGGCCAAAAAUAUUAGAAAUGAGUUAUCAAGUGGUCUUUUUAAUAUGACACAAAGAACAGGCUUAGUUUUGGUAUUAUACAUCUGGCAGGGGGGUUAACAAACACAUGCUUUAUUAACCUCAAAGACGGCACCAGGACUUUUUUUGUGUAAUUGGAUCUCUCCUCAUCCAAUCGAUUCAGAGAAAGGACAUUUGAGCGAUGUUCUCAGCUUUCUUAACCCAAAAUGAUCAGGUUGACAAAACAAAACAGGUGUAACAAAUCUGAUGAUGGACUUUAUCUUUAGUUUUUUAGUUAAAAUUUCUCAAAUUGUGUCAUGUUUGAUUCUGAAAUGUGAAAAUUAGUUUAUGUUCUCUGACAUUAAGCUGACUUUCUUGGUUUUUCUUUUUACUCAAAUGUUACAAAAGCUAAAUGUAUUUAGUUGUUCUUUUGGAAUAUACUACCAGGCGUUUGCAGCAUAUUCUGGCAUAAUUGAUGCUUAACCAAAGAAAACGGUAGUGUUUUAAUAGGCUGUUUUAAUGAAAAUGAUCAUGAUGGUCCUCCUAUAGGGCAAAGAAAUGCUGUUAGAUAAUAAAUAGGUUGAGGUUAUUUACUAAAAACACAGAUUUACAACAAAUACACUUAUAAUGAGAGUAAAAUAGAUACUUGUGCAGGUCUGUAGCAUGUGGUGUUUAAUCCUAUGAAAUAAGACCAACAGAAAUUGGUUGAACCCGGGGCUGUCCUGGGUUUCAUGUGAGCGAACUUCUCAGCUCUCUUAACCCAAAAGGAUCAGGUUGACUAUUUUAAUAUCAGAUUGACAAAACAAAAUAGCUGUAACAAAUUUGAUAAUAGACUUUAUCUUUAAUUUUUGGUGAAAUUUUUUCAAAUUGUGUCAUGUUUAAUUCUGAAAUGUUAAAAUUAGUUAAUGAUCUCUGACUUUAAGCCGACUUUCUUGGUUUUUCUUUUUAUUCCAAUGUUACAAAAGGUAAAUGUAUAAGCAUAUUUGGUUGUUUUUUCGGAACAAUACCAGGCGUUUGCAGCAUUUUCUGGCAUAAUUGAUGCUUAAACAAAUAAAAAAAUAAUGUUUGAAUAGGCUGAACAUGAUCAUGAUGGUCCUCCUAUAGGGCAAAGUAAUGCUGUUAGACAAUAAAUAGGUUGAGGUUAUUUGCUAAAAACACUGAUUUACAACAAAUACACUUAUAACGAGAGUAAAAAUAGAUACUUAAGUGCAGGUCUGUAGCAGGUGGUGUUCAAUCCUAUGAAAUAAGACCAACAGAAAUUGGUUGAAUCCGGGGCUGUCCUGGGUUUCAAACCUUCCCUAUGUGGUUAAGUAACCACCAGAGGGCAGCCAAGAGUGCAAUAUUUAGUUUUACACCAGUAUUAUUACAAUCAUCAUCCUGGAGUAGGCUGAACUGGUUAUUGAAUUUAGGAAUCAUGAUGAUUUUGUGAGGCAGUUUAAAAGUUUUGCUUUUGAUCCUGUUUUGAUUGAACUUUUUUAACGGCAAGAAAAGCAGUUUAAAGCGCAGGCGAAGGAUUUUAAUCUAUUUAUGAAGUUCACAUAUCUAUUUAACUAGAGAUGAAAACUAAAUAAAGU